AUGACGGCAUUUAGCCAGGGCUUCAACAGUUUCAUAGACAACUACAUUCUGCUGCUUGCCGCACGCUUUAAUGCGCCACUAGAUGCGGCGUCUCUUUCUGAAGGCGACCACGACGAUCCGUGGGAGAAGGUGUCGCGUUGCGUGAGAGACGUGCUUUUUCACCCGCUAACAGAGGCCGAAAAACGUGAGGUGGCGCACGUGGACGUGAGCCUGUUUGAUGCACAAGCAUGCCGGGGGCGCGCGUUGUACUUUCAGUGGCGUUUGCAAGAAGACGCCGCUGCUGCCGCAACCGCACGGAAGGCUGACGCAGCUCCAGGUGCCCCGCUUCAAUCCACCAAGGAGAUGAAUGGGGGAGGGAGUGUUCAUGCCGUCGCUCCGGCUCCCUUUGACAUCACGAAGGACUCCUUGAGGGAUGAGGUGGAGAGAAUUUACACCACUGUCCGCAUGAAUCUGCCCAGUACGUUUGCCCUUCCUUCGUCCGCAGAUGGCGCAGCGAGCAACCACGGCGAGGACGGCGGUAGCGGCGAAGGUGAUGCGGGUGAGGGUGAGGAGGAGGUUUUGGAUGCGGUGGAUUUUCCGCUUCGUACGGAGGAUGAGGUGCAGCGGGACCUUGCCAUUGCGGAGGCGCGCGAUGCACUUUUAACAAAAGUACAACAGAUGCAGGCGGAGUUUUAUGCGCAGCACCGACGAUGGGUCGACGUCCCCCUCGAUAUGGAUUUGGCGCCUCUGCCCAAGAAUGCUGUGGAGCGCAGCACGCUAGAGCCACCAACAGGGGCCAACGCGGCGGAGCGCCAGCCAUUAUCCAAGUCGGCGAUGCGGGAAGCGCUGAUGUCAGAAAACACGCGUGCAUCUCCAGAGGACAAGAUGCCAACUCCAGCAAAAAUGGGAAAUGCGGCUGAGGUUCCUGUGGGCUCGGGGGCGGAUUCACCAACGCAUCUCUUUGAGGCGUUGAAGCGCAGCGUUCACGUCAACCGUCCACCGCGUCCCUCGCAAAUGCGGGAGGAGGAUUACAGAGCAGAUUACAAAUAUUUUGUGGAUGCAAUCCUCCCUAGCAAGGAUGCUAGUACGGAAACGAGGUUUGACGUUUACCAGAGGGUGAGUUCGGCCAGUGAUUCCCGGAUGCCGCAGGGGAAUUCUCGCCCAAAUGAUAGUGCCACGAGGAACAGAGUAGUCCCGGCCUCGCGGGCGAGUCGAUGGAAAGUUUUAGAGUACGAAGGGGAAGCUGAUGAGGAUAGUGACGACACGAAUUGA